CGACCAUCAACCUGACACGCAGACAUCGGGCUUUUGUUUACGAUUGACAACUCGAGGUGACUUUAGAACGGGCGUCGUGAAAUUUAACAAAAAUCAUUUGAGAUAUGGGAGAUAAGUCGCUAAAAGAUCAUUCUGUAGAGAACACAGAAGUUAACCAGGAUGAGUUGAUACUUCAACAACAGAGACGUAUCGAGAAAGAGAUCUCGGAGUCUAUAGCGUUAGUCGGCGAGAAGGAACCGCUGAAGAGCUUAGAGCAAGAAUAUGGGGAGGACGACAUAUACCUUUCAAAAGCCAAAACCUUGGCUCAGAAGUAUUCUUAUAUCAGGAGAACGAGACCUGAUGGCAACUGUUUCUUCAGAGCAUUUAGUUAUGCUUACUUGGAAAAAUUAAUUGGAAAUAAGGAGGAAUACGACAAGUUUCGUGAUUUAGCUUUAAAAAGCAAGGAUAAUCUUGUAGCUCUAGGUUUUCCUCAAUUUACAGUCGAAGAUUUUCACGAUACGUUCAUGGAAGUAAUUGACAAAGUGGGUGGCAGCGACACAGAAUCCAGUUAUAUGGAAUUGCAUAAGUUGUUCAAUGAACAAGGUUAUUCCGAUUACGUUGUUGUGUAUCUUAGAUUAAUCACAUCUGGUCAGUUACAACGCGACGCCGACUUUUAUCAACAUUUUAUCGAAGGAGAACGAACCAUCAUAGAGUUCUGCCAUCAGGAGGUUGAACCAAUGUAUAAAGAGUCCGAUCAUAUUCAUAUUAUAGCAAUGAGUAGCGCUUUAGGAACCGGUGUUAGAGUUCGUUAUAUGGACAGGGGUGCGGGAACUGAAGUCACUGCUCAUGACUUCCCUGAAGGUGCCAUACCAGCUGUGCAUUUAUUAUAUCGUCCCGGUCAUUACGAUAUCCUUUAUCCCUGAUAAAUUUGAUGUUAAACAGAGUUUUUCUAAUACAAACAGUUAAUAUAAAAAAUGCGAUUUCUGUGACCAAAUUUUACUGUAACUCUGUUUUCAAUCGUGGCUUAAUUGUUUGUUUUCUUUUGUUAUUUACAUAAUGUAAUAUGUAAUAUAUUAUAUUUAAACACUAAAAAAGCUGAUCCCUCAAGUGCGUGUGUUUGAAAAUUCCCAAAGACAACUAUCCACAAAUGCAUCUAUGUUCUGUCAAAUGUUACAAAAACCCUAACUUGUUGGAAUAAAUGGCAGAAUUCGCGCAAACGCGUGU